GCGGAACAAGCUUGUCGGGGCCAUAACUAUGUCGUUCAUUGUCAGAUUUUAAAAUCAUUUGGCACAUUUGUUCACCAUCAUUGGACGGUGUGUCGCACGAAAUAAUUACGUCGAUAUCUCCAAGGUCAAGGUCACACUUUGAGUUCAAAGGUCAAAAAUGGCCAUAAAUGAGCUUGUCCUGGCCAUAACUAUGUCAUUCAUUGUGAGAUUUUAAAAUCAUUUGGCACAUUUGUUCACCAUCAUGGGAUGGUGUAUCGCACGAAAGAAUCACGUCAAUAUCUCCAAUGUCAAGGUCACCACGACUAAAAAUAGUUGUUUUUUUAAAACAAACUUACAAAGGGGGUUAAUUUUGUUUGUUCAUUUCAAAAGUUCAGUUUGAGUUUUCUUCCUUUAUCACAUUUUUUUUUCACAAUGAAAACCUGGUUUUGUGACAAUUUUGUCCCUUGUUAUUGAAUAAUAUGUUUUUGUGUCAGCUCACUUGAGCUUAUAAUGGGAAUUUGAUGAAACCUUAUAUUGAUCAUCCUUACGUUGACAAAGUGCUUUUAUUGGAGAUCAAUCAUUUGUUGCACUGAUGCUCUUGUUUAACUUUUGACAUUUCAUAACAUCAUGAUUUUCAAUACACACUUUAAUAUAAUAUUAUUGUUUCAUGUAUAAACUUCCUCACCAUAAUACAAUUUAAAACAAAAAUUAUUUUCUGCUGAAAAUCCAUUUAUCAUGGGUUUAAUGUUUAAGCCUUCAGUUAAAAAAAGUGGAGGUAUAUUGCUUUGCUUCUGUCCAUCUGAUGGUUGAAUGGCCGGUUGGUUGGUUGAUUUUGUUUCUGCACUUGAUCUUGAGAACACUUACCUUGUGUGUGAUUUUGAAAAAUUAUAAAUUUGUCAGCUCUUUGUCUACCAGCAUAUAUGUGGUUUAUUUUAUACUAGUUAAUUGCUGGAUAUGUCAGCUGGAACUGUAUACAAUUAUUAUUAGAUUAACUUAGGUACUGCAGGGGGUGGAUGCAUUCCGGCUUGUAAUGUUUAUAUAUUGUGAACAUAACAAUUUGUUCAAUCCCAUGUUAUUUUAUUAUCCAUGAAAAUAUUUUCAUUGCUCACAGAUGUUUAUCCGUGGAGAUGAUAAGAGGUGGACCCGACAUGAGCAACACCUUGGAGCUCCAAUCUCCAAUUUUUGCUGAACAGGCCUCAAAGAGGCAUAAAGAAGCUAACAGCCCUCUGAAGACCUCAAGUCGUUUGAACAGCGUUCUGGAAAACAGCCCGCUGAGAUUCUCAAAGAACUCGACCGUUUUAGAAAUGAAGGACGGGCAGCCACAAUUUAGAAUAAAAGUGGCCCAACAGAAGUCUCCAGUUACAAAGGGACUGAAGUCCACUACCCCAGUUCAGAACCAACAGACGUCCCCUACCCCAGAGCUGAAGCAACAGAAAUCUUCUACAUCAGGGCUGGUAGUUGUUUAUGCUGGAAUCUAGGGAAAUAGAUACAAUAAAAUCAUGUUAAACAUACAACCAAGAUUGCAGUGGAGAUGAGGGGCUUACCGGGUAAAGCCACACAUAAAGAUAUUAG